AUUUUGCACCCCCGAUCUCGAAGGGGCCUUUCUACAUUAUCCAUCUGCAACCGCGUCUCUGCAGUACCGCGUUCAGUAGUGAUUGUGUACCCGGGAAAUGUGUCUUGCAACGAACGACGAUCGUCACACGUGAUUUUCAGACAGAUUUUGGGCUGAUCAUUUUCAUAUUUUUUUUUCACUCCUAGAUAGGCGUAAAAAAAUUGUUUAUCGAUUAUCAAUAAUUUCGACACAGUUGCAGUUCGCACGGAUCGUGCAACUUAUCUGCCACGAUGUUCAGCACCGUUUUCCAGAAAUUAAAAUUUCUCUACAAACCAUAUGCUCUUGCGAUAGUCUCACUCGGCUACGUUCUUGGGGAGCUGGGACAUUAUAUGAUAGGUGUGACCAGCAAAGCGACUGCAAUAGAUCUACACUAUGGUGACAUCUCGUGUCAAUUAAACUCCACUGAAUAUGCGUUGACUGAUUUACCUGUUCAAUGUGAAUCCGCAAACAAUACUGAAUACUGCCUGUCACUCGAUCUGAAUGGCACCAAUUACUGCGAGUGGAAUUACAAUGGAUUGGGUUUGGAUUACCAAAUAUUGGCUGGACCAAGCUUCAUCGCUGUAUUCACCGUUGUCGGUGUAAUUCUGGGUGUAGCGGCCGACAGAUUCAACAGAAUCAAGAUGUUGGCCAUAUGUACAUUGAUAUUCAGCAUAGCGAUCAUCUUGAUGGGAGCCGUCAAAGAGUACUGGCAGCUCGUGCUUCUGCGAAUGGUUCUCGCCGCAGGAGAGGCCGCAUGCAACCCAAUGGCAACGGGAUUACUUUCGGAUUGGUUCGACGAAGAUCAGCGAGGUUUGGUUAUGUCGGUCUUCAAUUGGGGAAUCUAUGGGGGUUACGGAAUUGCCUUUCCCAUUGGUCGAUAUGUGCCUGAAAUGAACGCCUGGGACCUGGGUUGGCGAGUAUGCUACUACGGAGCCGGUAUCGUCGGGGUGAUAAUAGCCAUUCUGACGGGAUUCACCCUCAAGGAACCGGAGCGAACGACGAUCGGAGAGGAGAGCGCGGCAUCGGGGAAAAAAGUGUCUUUAUGGAAAGUCAUUCUGCAGCCGAGAAUCGUUCUCCUGUGUCUAGCCGCCAGUAUACGGCACUGUGGUGGCAUGUGCUUCGCCUACAACUGCGACCUCUACUACAGGGACUACUUCCCGGACUAUGAUCUUGGCUGGUGGCUGUUCGCCGUGACAAUCGUCGUUGGAAGUAUCGGUGUCGUUGUCGGAGGUGUCGUGAGUGACAAAUUCGUCGCUAAGAUGGGAAUCAGAUCCCGCGUGGCCGUCCUGGCGAUCAGUCAACUGGUGGCAACGCCUUUCGCCUUUGGAUCGGUGUACUUCGAUCCACUGUGGGCUAUAAUAACUCUCGGAAUAUCUUACUUCUUCGCCGAGAUGUGGUUCGGCAUCGUAUUCGCCAUCCUCGUCGAGAUCGUACCCUUGAGCUUGAGGUCCACCACCGUUGGAAUCUUCCUCUUUGUGAUGAACAACAUUGGCGGAAAUUUGCCCAUACUGGUUGAACCCCUUCGAAAAAUGAUCGGCUUCCGAGAAUCGCUGUACAUUUUGUACGCUGGAUUCUACGGGAUAAGCUCCAUUAUGUUCCUCUUGACGACGCUUGUGAUGGGCGGACCCACUGCCAAGGGAGAAAAAGAUAUAAGCGAAAACGGCGUCGACAACACCACCUUCACCAACGACGAUGGACGUCUCUCCACUUUGGAACUUCCAAGACUUCCGGCCAGGCCUCACAGCCACGAGAACUCUAGAUUAUAAAUCGGUGCGAAAACGAGCUACCGAGUGUACAAAGUUUAAGCAAUAAUUUUAGUAAAUAUUUAGUGUACCCCAAAUGCGUGGUUGAGCAUGCAAAUCAGCUGCGAGAAGCCAGUCAGAUAUAAAAAUUGUCUUUCUGGCAGUUUACUUUUAGCCCCUCUUAACUCCGUUCUGUAAAAGUUGUGAGUAUCCGAAACUGCUUCUGCGUCCUGAAAUCUUCAAUAUGACGGGAUGUUUGAGUUUUAUUUUUAGUCGGAUUCCUCCUAAAGAUACAAUUGAAUAUUUUCAAUAGAAGCAAGGUAAAAUUGUAUUUAUCUGGGACAGGCCAAGACUCCUUAACUAACACUCCAGACGAGCAUUCGUCAAAUCAACGCAAAUGGCGCUAGAUAUCAGGGUUCUCUCGCAGGUCGAACAGAUACUUUGACAUGGACGCUACCACCAGGUUGUUAUAAUUCAGUGAUUUUCUCCUCGCAUUGUUGAAUUCCGUUAUCGCAGCUGCAGAUCCGCGCACAGCGAAUCAAUCACGUUUCUAUAGCAUAGUAAUGCGACGCACUGGAUAGAGGUAUUAGUUUUUUCUAUAUAGUACACUCUAAAAUGUUAGACUCGUAGAGCCUAUUAGUUUUUGUGAUAAUUGAAGCUCACUGUGACUGACCUGUACAUAUAAUACGUUAUUUGAAAUUUAUUAUAUUAUAUAUUAUUGAAAGCUUAGGUUUAUACGUUAAGUUAGGUUUCUGUGUGACAAUAAAUUGUAAAUUAUACGUAUCUUCACUGUACAUAGUCCGAUCCUU